GUUAUUUGACGUUUUAGUUCUGUGCUGUGGUGUUUUUGAUUUGAAGUGAGGUUAUGUAACCUUCAAAUAAAUCAAAACAUUAAAGGCUUCAAAUGAUUUCAAUAACCCGGAACCUCUGUAAUGUGUGUAAAGAGUCUUCGAAAAGGUUCAUCGCUACUUCCCCAAGCCUGCACGCCUUUUGGGAUAGGGAUGAAAAGUCAGGUUACAGAGACAACAGGAAAUACCCACCUUUCAAGGAGAGAAUGAGAGAUGGACUGAAAAUACUGAAAAGCGAAAUUGCCCUCUGGAAAGAAGAGAUGAAAGAAAGAUUCGAAUUUGACCCCAUUUUAAUUUUCAGAGCGGGAGAAGUGGACGUUGUUUGGCGGUUUGGGAACGAAGAAUCUCUAGAGAAAUGGAUUAAUACAGACGAUAGAGAUAACAAUGAAGGGUACAGCAAGAGUUCUUUCACGCUAACUAAAGAGGGAAAAGCCUUAUUUUCCGGAGUUACUGAUAUGAGAGUUCCGAAAGAUGGAAAAGCCAAACGAGCAGGUUACUGCAAUAUAAAGACCAUUCGAGCUAAGAGAUCCUUCCAAAGGGACUCUUACCUCAAUUGGACCAGUUACAAUAUGUUAGUGAUGCGAAUCAGAGGGGACGGUAGGACUUAUCUGUUGAAUUUACACACGAAAGGUUAUCACGACCUUGCUUGGAACGAUAUGUACCAUUUCCCACUGUUUACAAGAGGCGGGCCUUAUUGGCAACUUGUGAGGAUUCCGUUUUCAAAGUUUUUUUAUGCUGCGAAGGGCCGAAUUCAGGACAGGCAAGAAUCGAUCCCCUUGGACCGAAUCGCAAGCUUCGGAAUCACUGCUGCAGAACGGUACGGAGGAGAGUUUUCCCUUGAAAUAGACUACAUCGGCGUAGAAUUCGACCCUAAUCACACUGAGGAGUUUGCUUAUGAAAUGUACAAAACUGACAAAUAUAUCGUGAGGUGCUAACAGCUCCAUAGAGCUGUUGAUUCAUUUAUUUGUAAAUAAACUAGUUCAAAUUGAAAAA